ACACGAAAAUAUUACUUAAAACCUUUCGUUAUAACUACUUAUCCAAGUAUGAACAAUUCUUUAAAAAGUGGACUAGAGAAAAAAAAUAAACCGGAGUUGCAACUCAUUGUAAGAGAUUUCGCUGGAGAGUUAACAACUAAAUUCAAACAGGUAACUCCUAUAAUUUAUUGUGUCAGUGUUUUGCAUAAUUGGAAUUACCUUUUCUAUAUUUUUACAAACGCUUUGUUACUUUGUUUUUUUGAAUGAAAAGUCUGUUUCACCUAACUAAUAGAAGCAGAAUACAAAAGAAUUCAAACAAUUUUUAUAAAGUUUUUCAUAACUUAAAAGAAUGUAUACAGCUGAACAGUUGUGAGAGAUUACUUGUUAUGCAGUCCGUUAAAUUAAAUUUUUUUAUUUGUUGAGCUUUACAUGUAACGGUGUAUUUUCUCUAGUAGCUACAUUAAUUUCUUUAUAUCUUUUUGUCUGUUGGACUCUGUCAACUUUGAUAAGCAUGAAGACAGAAAUCCAUGGGGAUAAACGGAAAUGUGACGUAUUUGCGUUAUCGUGUUGUAACGGUGAUGGAGCUAUACCAUUUUCUCCACUAGAAUUCGACAUGGUUUCUUGUAGCAGUAAAGAAAAAAGAAAUACGGAAGGAGAAGCCGUUUAUGAAUUAACAGCUCAAAAAAAAACAUCAAUUGAAAAUCAUUUUAGCAUGUAUGGCAACAAUUCUUCUAAAAUAGCCCAAUUUUUUUCUGGUCAUCACAUAUCUCAUUUACUAGGAUUGGGAACUCAAACGCAAUAUGAUGCUUUACGUAAUUGUCAGAGUUUUACUCAAUUAAAUGGAACAUAUACACGGAAAAGUAGUGGAGGAGGUCGUACUUCAUGUGAUUCAAAAGCAUCUUUUAGUAUAGCAGAUUCUCAUUUGAGUACCAAGUAUUUUGAACUUCAAUCGGCGUCGCCUUGCGUGAAUAGCCAAGAUGAAUUACCAGACUACAUCAGGAUGAGAAAUGAUUUUGAGGCAUUUAACAACAAAACUUCACUCGUAAAGCCAUUUGAUUCAAAUUAUGAAAAAAACUUAAUUAUUACAAGUAAAGACAAAAGCAUAUUUAAUGAUACAUGUUUAGGUGAAUUGCAAAAAAUGGAAUCAGAAAACGAAAAGGUUACUUUGCAUUCGUUGAAUAUGGCAUUGAGCCAAAGCAGGAAAAUAAAUAACUUUAAAGAGAGCGGUGCAAAUAUGCCGACAAAUUCAUCGUCAAUCGUGACAGAACGCUCAAAGUAUUUACCAUUGAGUAGUCCAAGGUUGUGUAGUAAGGAGACAAAAAAAUGGUUACAAUCGCCUUUAGAGGCUUCAAAAAUUAACAGCUUAAGCGAGUCCAGUUUAAAAAAUUAUAGCAAUGCUGCAAAUUGUUCAAAUAGAAGUAAAACAUUAUCAGAAUCGAAAAAACAAAAUCGAAGCUCCCUAAAUACAGUAAAAUUGUCGUCGUCUAGUUUAAAAUGGCCACAAAUACAUUUAAGUCAAUCAUUUUAUCCAAAUCAAAACUAUGAAAGCUAUGGGAAUGCUACUAGUAAUAUAAAAGAGAAUGUUUUAAAGGACAAAAAAACAGUUGAUAACAUGCGAAAUGGUAUUAACAAAAGUUUUUGUACACCAUUGAAAAAGAAAAAAAUGAAAUUGUUGAAUGAUUCUUUAAAUUCACAAAAAAACCCUAAUGGUGCGUUGCAACAAAAAAUGGGUACACACUCACCGUAUAAGGAAAAGUUACUUCUAUCUAGCGACAUGUCAAACAUAUUUCUUAAACAUCUCAACAAACAGGCUACUUCUAAAAGUCAUCCACACUUCGAUAAAAAAGAGAGAAAGGUAACGAAGAAAAACACUCAAUCAACAAGGAGGGAGCAAGUUAAUAUUAAACAAAUUCCCAAAAAUAGUAGUUCUGUUGUGAACAAGAAGUAUGAUGUUGAUGAUAGACAUCAAGACAUUAUUUUAAAACAAAACAUGUUAGGGCGUUAUACUCAUCAAAAAGAAAAUACAAUUUUAGAGCGAUAUCUUUCAAACACCGUAAAAAAAAAGGAUUUUAAACAAAAAUCAAAUGAUCUAUUAAAAAACGUCAAUAAUAUUUCAGCGCAUAAAACAGCGGUUUACAAAAGUCCAUGUAUAGAAGAACGAUCAACGUUUCUCAAAGAGUCAACUCGAAAUUUUUUAAAAAACCGUCCAACUAAAAUUAUUUCCUCACAUUUCGAAUCCGACUCGCUUCACAUAAUAUCACCGUCAACGUCGUUAUUACAAGGUAGUAAAAGUCCCAAAGAAAACAAAAUGAAUCCAUUCCAUCGGAAUUCUUUUUUACCAUUUUAUGCGAAGAUUGGUGAUAAACAAGAAACAUUCCAAGGUCCUCCUUUUCGAAAAUAUGAUUCUUUUUUAAACGAAUCAUUAGAAAAACCUUUCUCUACUGAGUUUAAUUCCUCAAAUAGUAAAAGCACACACAUACCAACAGCUACUCAAUCAAAAUUAAGCAGAGCGAAAUUGUCUGUUACAAAUAAAAACUUUUUAUCAAGUACAGUCUGUAGUCGUAACGCGAGUAAUUUGAAGUCAAGUACCGUUCAUCAGCCCAAAGUUCCACAGACUUUUAACGACAAAAAUCAAAUUAAAUUAUCCAAUGCUGCUAAAACAUUUCCAGGUGCUCGCAAAAAUUAUACAGUCAAACUUCAUCAAAACUAUAGCGCACAACCGAAUGAUUCGGCACGCGAUCCUAUUUUUAAAAAUCAUCGCAUAAGUCAUUCAAACGGUUUACAAUCAUCAGAAAAUAUUAUAUCAAUACCUACACUUAGACUCUCAGAAAAUUUUCGAGGUUCUGUAUCGGCACGUGAAACGUCAAUAACUUCACGACAAUCGACAAGGUCGUUAACACGUGGUUUCUCAAAAUUAAUUGGAAAGGCACGAGAAACCGUUUUUAGACGAGACCAACCCGUGACUGCAAGAACUUCCAAUUGUUUAACAAGUUCAUCUUGUUUACGCCAUUGUAAAUUCCCAUUAAAUAGAUUCUAUGCCACUGAUACCGUUAAAGUGUGUAAAGAUUCAAAAUGAAGUACUUUACGUCGUUAUUUCGCUUACUGUAGCACUGACGACAUAAAAUUCUUUUUGGACGUGAAAGAUCAUUUCUGCUUGACUUAAACGCUUAUAGGUUUUCGUCUUAAAAGUCAAUUCAGCUGAUAAACAUCAUUCAGAUGAACUAACCGUAAUACAUUGCUGUUAAUACAUUUUAUUAUUUUUUAAUCUUUUAUCCCUACUAUGCUCAAAAUCAAAUGUGACUUGUGCAACUAGUCAUUAAUACAGCUUAACUAAUGGUAACACCACUACGUGUUUUUCGUGAAUUGAAUUUUUUAGUACGCCAAAUAACAAUUGAAUUUCUAAUGAUUAAUCAAUCCUA